AUGCGUUCGAACACACUUUCUUUCUUUCUUUCUUUCUUUUUUUUUAUCUGUUUAUUAAUUCCUUCCGUAUGUCCGUCUUUUCUUUCUUUCUUUCAUUCUUUCUUUCUUUCUUUCUUUCUUUCUUUUUAUUUCUUUAUUAAUUCCUUCCGUAUGUCCGUCUUUUCUUUCAAUCUUUCUUUCUUGCAUUCCUUUCUUUCUUUCUUUCUUUCUUUCUUUCUUUCUUUCUUUCUUUCUUUCUUUCUUUCUGCAUUCCUUCCGGCAUUUCUUUCUUUCUUUCUUUCUUUCUUUCUUUCUUUCUUUCUUUCUUUCGUUCUUUCUUUCUUUCUUUUGUUCUUUCUUCCUUCUUUUCUUCUUCCUUUCUUUCCGUUUACGUUCUUUCUUUCUUUCUUUCUUUCUUUCUUUCUUUCCUGCUUGCUUGCUUGCUGGCUUUCAUUCUUUGUCUUUAUUGUUUUUUUCUAUUCCGGCAUUUCUUCUUUUCUUCCCUUAUUUCUUCUUUUUAUCUUUCUUCCUUUCUUUCUUUCUUUCUUUCUUCCUUAUUUUCUUCUGCCUUUCUUUCUUCCUUAUUUUCUUCUUCCUUUCUUCUUCCUUUCUUUCUGCUUUCUUUUUUUCGUCCUUUCUUUCUUUCAUUCUUUCUUGCUUGCUUCCGGCAUUCCUUCUUUUCUUCCCUCAAAUCUUCUUUCUUUCUUUCUUUCUUUCUUUCUUUCUUUCUUUUCUUCCUUCUUUUCUUCUUCUUUUCUUCUUCCUUUCUUUCUGCUUUGGUUCUUUCUCUUUUCUUUUUCUUUCUUUCUUUCUUUCUUUUUCUUUCUUUUUUCUUUCUUCCUUUCCGGCAUUUCUUCCUUUCUUCCCUCAUUUCUUCUUUGUAUCUUUCUUCCUUUCUUUCUUCCUUCCUUUCUUUCUUUCUUCUUUCUUUUCUUCUUCCUUUCUUCUUCCUUUCUUUCUUUCGUUCUUUCCUUUUUUUCUUUCUUUAUUUUUCUUUCUUUCUUUCUUUCUUUCUUUCUUUCUUUCUCAUUCAUAUUUCUCAUACUUGUAUGUUCCUUGUUUUCCACUGACCUACCACUUGAAUCUCCACCCCACUUUGCGUCACCCUUUCUCUUCCACAGUUUUUCUGUUCCCAUCGCUUUCGUCUUUUUCUAG